CGCACAUCGCCCUCCCACUCGCGGCCGGGAUAAGGCGUGGCGUGGCGUGGCCCGAGGGGCGCGUCAUCAGCCGCGCGCCCGCUCGCCCGGCUCCGUCGUCCCCUCACCGCCGCGGCCCAGCGCGCAGGCGCAGCGACCCGCGGUCACGUGAGGAGGCGCUGCGGGUGUCGCCGGCGGCGCCGGUAGCGGCGGGUGGGGGCCGCGCGCCAUGGCGGUCAACUACAGCGCGAAGGAGGAGGCGGACGGGCACCCCUCGGGCGGUGUCGGAGUGCCGGGCGGCGGGGCGGUGGGCGGCGGCGGCGGCGGCGGCGGGGGGGCCGUGAAGACUCGCAAGCCGGAUAACACGGCGUUCAAGCAGCAGCGGCUGCCGGCCUGGCAGCCUAUCCUGACGGCGGGCACGGUGCUGCCGGCCUUCUUCAUCAUCGGCCUCAUCUUCAUCCCCAUCGGCAUCGGCAUCUUCGUCACCUCCAACAACAUCCGCGAGUACGAGAUUGACUAUACGGGAACAGAGCCUUCUAGUCCCUGCAAUAAAUGUUUAAAUGUGUCCUGGGACAGCACAACACCUUGUACUUGCACCAUUAAUUUUACCCUGGAACAUUCAUUUGAGAGCAAUGUAUUCAUGUAUUACGGACUUUCCAACUUCUAUCAAAACCAUCGUCGUUACGUGAAAUCUCGAGAUGACAGCCAACUAAAUGGAGAUAACAGUUCACUACUUAAUCCAAGUAAGGAAUGUGAGCCUUACCGCACAAAUGAGGACAAACCCAUUGCUCCUUGUGGAGCUAUUGCCAACAGUAUGUUUAAUGAUACAUUGGAAUUAUACCGCAUUGAUAAUGACACAAGGACUCCUAUUACUUUGAUUAAAAAAGGUAUUGCGUGGUGGACAGAUAAAAAUGUAAAGUUCAGGAAUCCUACAGGAGAUGGAAAUAACUUAACUGCACUUUUCCAAGGCACAACAAAACCUGUAAACUGGCCCAAGCCGGUGUAUAUGCUGGACUCGGAGCCCGACAACAAUGGCUUUAUCAAUGAAGACUUCAUUGUGUGGAUGCGUACUGCUGCGCUGCCAACAUUUCGCAAGCUCUAUCGUCUCAUUGAAAGGAAGAAUAACUUACAGCCUACCUUACAGGCUGGAAAAUAUUCUUUGGAUAUUGCAUACAAUUAUCCUGUACACAGUUUUGAUGGACGAAAAAGAAUGAUCCUAAGCACCAUCUCGUGGAUGGGAGGCAAAAAUCCCUUUCUGGGAAUUGCUUACAUCACUGUUGGGUCCAUAUGCUUCUUCUUAGGAGUUGUAUUGCUGAUCAUCCAUCACAAAUAUGGAAAUCGAAACACUAGUGCAGACAUUCCUAAUUAAUUUUGCAUUCUGAAAACAAAUGUACUGCAUGUGCAUCAAGGCCAGUCCAGGAUGGACCCAGUUUUUGAAAGAUAAAUCUCUGCUUCUGUCACUUCUGAGACUGGGUACCUAUUUUUUUUAUCUAAAGCUCUCCUUUCCCAUACUGUGGAUUAACUCUUGAAAAAUGACGGGUGUACAAUUAGCUAUAUUGAUUGUAUCUCUGCCUAUGUCAGAAACAAUUUUCCUGGUAUUUGCCUCUAACUGGGCAGGCCACAUGAUGCAUAUAGCUCCUGUUCCCUUGAUGCAUCUGCUGCUUGUUCAUGUGCUGUGUAAUGUUGGUAUGAUUCAGUACGUAUAGAUUGUGUGGAGAAAGACUGCUAUAAGAUAUUGUAAAUUGUUAACUUUCCAGAAUUCAGGUGUCAGUGCUGUUGAAAGGAAAAGUCAAGUCUUAAAUGUUUUUCAAUUUAUUGUCUUGUGUGCAUGGGCUCUUACAUUUCUUGCUGAGAUUUUAAUAUAUUUAUAUAAGUUGUUAAAUAUUUUUCCUGUCUCCUACCCACCUCUGUUAUGUUAAAUCCUUUAAGUGCUGUGUAAAUUUCAGCACUCUGGAUUAUUUGUAUAUUUACAAUAUAUGUGCCUGGCCAGUAAACUAACAUCCUAUGAAGAUAUCAGAAAACCUAUUUGUUAAUUAUUUGUGUGAGUCCCAUUUAAGGACUGUUCUAAAUUGGGAAAUGUUUGUUGCAGCUAAAUCUGCUUUUUUUAUGAUUUUCUUUGCUUUAAGUCAUAUCCAAUACUAGUUUACCCAUUGUGCUUGCUGGUUUUGCUUUUUAUGAGCAGCUCCAAGCAUUAGUCAAGAAGAACCUAAAAUGUUUUUUCCGUUUGCAAAGUUGGGUGAAUUCCUUUUACUGGAGGAGUUUCCUAAUUUUCUCGAGGCAUAUGUAUUCUGAGCAGGCUUUGUAGAGGUAUUGUUAUAUACUUUUUCCAUAUUUGGAGUGAACACCACAUUAAUUUUUUGCGGUGUUAAGAUAGUAAACUGUAGAAAUUCAGAAGUUGAGAUGGCAGUAACCUCUUUUCAGUGAAAUGCAGGUUGAGCUUGCUGUGAAAUCUAAUUUAAAUAUUGCAGUUAAAAGCAAUGUACGGGUUAGUGUCUUAAAUUACAGAAGGGUUCACUUUUAGGUUAAAUAAAAGUUAGCUGUAACCUGUAAAAUACUACUUUUUGGUGACUUUUUUUUUAGGUAAUGCACAGAAAUUGUAAUGUAUAUGGUGGAGAUGACUUUAUAGGCAACUAGCUUGAUGAAGUAUUGAGUAUAUUAAAAAAGACCUGAUAAAUUCUGCAAACCAUUUAAUAAGAGAUGUUAUUUUGUUAUUGAACAUACAUUUAUUUUCAUCUGAAUGAAAAGAUGUAUUCUUAAGUGUGAAUGCAGUUUAAGCAAGUUGUAUUUCUGAGAUUGUAUAUUUGUUACAAAAAGUUGUUUAUUCAUGGUGCAACAGCUUAAUCCAUAGCCAUCUUUAAAGAACACAGUUUAUCACAUAAACAUAUGACCGUUUUUACUGAA